UUCUUUUCAUGGAUACAGUAUCUUCAUAGAUAAUCUUCUGUAUCUUCAGAAAGACUUCUUACUUUCCGUGUGGCCUCAGAAGGCCUAGUUCUGUCUUCAUUUUGAGGUCAGGGAAAAAAUGACGGGUUGUCCUUGGACUGGAUUGAGAUGAUGAAUCUAUGAAAUAUAUUACAUAAGAUACUAUAAAAACAAGGCUAAAUUCCCAUACACCAAAGGAAUCAAACUGAAAAUGGACAAGCCUGCAAACAACAUGAAGCAAAUUUGACACAAAACAGAUAUUUCACUGUGUACAAACAAUAGCUCUUGGCUGAUAAACGGAAACAAGUUUUAAGGUUGUUUGUAUUGUCAUGAGAUCAUGUAUUGCAGAAUCACGUCUCCAUCAAAUGACUGGGGAUUUUCUGAUUGCAUAUCAAGGGUCUGUAAAAAAGAUUUUUCAGAUAUUAUUUGCUAAUAGCUAAUAGAGUGAUUUUGUUCUAGAUCUCUAUUUUCUAGUCUUGAUAAAAACAGUGUAAUCUUCUACGUCCCUAAGAAAGCUUCUCUCUGUGUUGGCAAGGAAAUGAUAGAAGAAUGUAAUUAAGCAAAGAUGACCCUAAAGUGAAAUGUGGAUUCUUUACAAUAUACAAUGUCCUUCCCACCAGCCACAUGUGUUUGUCAGAUGUUUACAGAAUCUUCAUUAACUAAGAGCCUUGCUAGAUAACAGAAGCUGAAGCAUGGCAUCAAUGACUCUGAUAAGGGCAAGUGUACGACCAAUCUGCUUGACAACUGACAAGAGGCUGGGGUUUGAAGCAGACUGCAAAAAGAGCACAAGAAAGUGAUUUGCAAAGGGCAUUCCAGUUGUUAGCCUUACAUCUUCUUUCCUCUGUCUGUAAUGAAACAAGACUGUUAAUCAGCUAAAAUACCCUUGUCCUCUUGUCUCUCCACCAGAAAGUAAAUAUAGAAGAAAUGCAUUGUUUUGGAGUAUUAGCUGCACUGUCUGUUUUCAACAUCAUUGCUUGUUUGACAAGAGGCAAGCCUUUGGAAGACUGGGACAAGUUAUCAGCUAUGGGAAAGUCUGAUGCACACUUUCAUGAUCCUGGGGAAGUAGAAGAUGAGUCCCAUUUUGACUUUAAAUCUUUCCUGGAGAAUAUGAAGACGGAUUUACAAAGGAGUUUGAAUUUGUCAAGAGUUCCCUCACAAGUGAAGACUAAAGAAGAACCACCACAGUUCAUGAUUGAUUUAUACAACAGAUAUGCUGCAGACAAGUCCUCCAUCCCUGCAUCCAAUAUUGUAAGGAGCUUCAGUACUGAAGAUGUUGUUUCUUUAGGUUCACCAGAAGAAAAUCCAUUUCAGAAACACAUUUUGUUCUUCAACAUCUCUAUUCCACAAUAUGAGGAAAUCACCAGAGCUGAACUGAGAAUUUAUGUCUCCUGUCACAGAGAAGCUGAGUCUCUCUCUAGGCUGGAAGGCACCAUGGUCAUUUAUGAUGUUCUAGAUGAUGGACACUGGGAAAACCCAGAAAGUACCAAAUCUUUCCUUGUCUCCCACAGUAUCCAGAAGUGUGGUUGGGAGAUGUUUGAAGUGUCCAGCGCUGUGAAAAGAUGGGUCAGAGCAGACAAACUGAAGACUAAAAACAAGCUAGAGGUUGUUAUAGAGAGUAAAGUUCUGAGUGGUUUCACUUGUGAGAAGCUGGAUAUCAGUGUUGCCCCGGAUGCUAAAAAUCUGCCCCUGUUAAUGGUGUUCUCCAAUGACCGCAGCAAUGGGACAAAAGAGACCAAAGUAGAGCUCCGGGAGAUGAUUGUUCAUGAACAAGAAAGUGUGCUAAAGAAGCUAGGAAAGCACAACACUUCAUCUGAAGAGGACGAACAGGGAGAGGAAAAGGCCAUCACUGGGCCGCACCAGCAUUCCUCCAGAAGCAAGAGAAGCAUUGGGGCCAACCACUGCCGGAGAACUUCCCUCCAUGUGAACUUUGAAGAGAUUGGCUGGGAUUCCUGGAUCAUCGCACCAAAAGAUUAUGAGGCUUUUGAGUGUAAAGGAGGUUGCUUCUUCCCUCUGACAGAUAACGUUACCCCAACGAAACAUGCUAUUGUCCAAACUCUGGUGCAUCUCCAAAACCCAAAGAAAGCCUCCAAGGCCUGUUGUGUUCCAACCAAACUGGAUUCAAUCUCCAUUCUUUAUAAGGAUGAUGCCGGUGUGCCUACUUUGAUAUAUAACUAUGAAGGGAUGAAAGUGGCAGAAUGUGGCUGCAGGUAGCAUACAAGGCAGAAUCUCUAAGAAUAAGAAUACCCCCUUUUUCUGCUCUGUGUAAAUCUGUACAGCAGCGAUGCAAAUGAAAAUCCUUGCAAACAAGGUUUGGAGCAGGGUAUGGGGCUGCUUUGGGGUUUGCUGCUUGUUUUAAAGGAAAAUUGUCAUUUAGAGAAUGGCAAUUAUUGUAAAUAGCCAGCAUUACAUAUCAUGGCAAAGUGAAUACUGGAUUAAAAUAUUGUGAGAUUGAAUGAACUAUACA